UACUGUGACAUUGCUGCUUUUUCAAAUUUUAUAGAACGCCUACCUUCGCUGGUGGCCUGUUCUCUAUUUUGAAAUCCUACUUUGAGCAAAUUGGAUCCUAUGAUGACCAGAUGGAGUUCUGGGGAGGGGAGAAUCUAGAAAUGUCUUUCAGGGUUUGGCAGUGUGGAGGCCUCUUAGAGAUCGUUCCUUGUUCUGUUGUCGGCCACAUUUUCCGCAAGAAGAGCCCUCACAGGUUUCCAAAUGGUAGCACAGUCAUCCUCCGCAACUUGGUGCGUCUGGCUGAGGUCUGGAUGGAUGACUACAAGUGGAUCUUCUAUCGCGCAAACAGAAGGGCUGUCUCCAUUUUUCGAACAGAUUCAUACGGCGAUGUUUCUGAACGCCGUAAACUCAGAGAAAAACUUAACUGCAAGAACUUUUCUUGGUACCUGAACAAUAUUUACCCAGAGGCGUAUGUCCCUGAAAUCAGGCCCAUCAUCUAUGGACAGUUAAACAACACUGGUUACGGCUGCCGGCUGGAUGUGGGAAAAGUCAAAAACCGCUGGAAAGAGGGCCAAAUCUUCAAAUGUAACAACCGAGGCGAAGCGCAGUAUUUUGAGUAUACCUCCAAGAGUGAAAUUCGACUCAGUGCUAGCAAUCAGUUUUGCUUGCAUGCCAACUCUGAAAUGGCUUUGGUUUUUCUUGAGCGGUGCGACUCGAAGGGAAAAGCGGCACAAGAGCAAAUCUGGAUCUUCACAAAGAAAAACCAAAUGAAGAACCCUUUAUCAGACAAGUGUUUGACAGUCGUCGGUGGCAACGUAAUUUUGUCUAAAUGCAGAUCCACCUCAGAGAAUCAGGGCUGGGUCUUCAUCCGACCGAAGUAAGAGACUUCGAGCAUGUGGCCUGACUCUGCUACCAGUGUUUCCUGAAUAAGGUUUAAACAUAAACAAAUUAGGAAAAUGGUUCCAGUGAAUCAAAUCUUUGUACUGGGAACAAAGAUGCUUAUCCACAUCACACAAACCCAGAGGCUGUUAUCUAAACAUAAUUUUUUUUUUUUUUUUUUUUUUUUUAACUUAUUUUACUCAAAGUUGCACAACGCCUAAAGUAGAACCUGACUUUAGGCCUUAUUACAGGUUACAUUAUUUAUUUAAAAGAUAGAAGUAAUUAAAUUACUUCUAUUACAAAAUGACCAACAGAAAUAACAAUGUUAUUUCUGUUGGUCAUUUUGUCUUUCAUUCAUGUCUGACUUGCAGCAUAUUUAUGCAGACUAAUUUCUUUUGAACUUUUUAUUUUAUUUUAAACUCUUUUUCUAAACCUAUUAUGAGAUUUAAACUAAUCCUUAAUUUAUAUUGUGCCGUGAGGCCCCCUACUGGACUGGAGUUCCUCAGCAGCUUAGUUUGUAUUUGACUGUGAUUGACUCUGUUAAUCAUAUUAAUUACGUUUGAAUUAUUAUGCCCUGUCUUUGUGAAGCACUUUGUGAUUUUCAUUUUUAAAAGAUUGCAUAUUUAAAUUAACACUUUAACCAUCUUAGUAAGUAUUGCUACGGAAUACCUAUAAUAGCUUCAAACUGGACUUUAGUGAGUAUUUUUCACCACGUGAUGGUAGUUCAGUCCUGUCUCCUAAAUAAAGUUGUAUGAGGAAUAUCUUAAAGCCACAUUGAAAAAAAAAAAAGAAGUCUUACAGUUUAACUUAUUUGAGUUGUACAUAGUAUGCAUUUAUAUAUAUAUUUAUAAGAGGGCGAGUGGAAGUGGGGGUAAUAUUUGUUUUACUUACUUUUAAGCAUAUUUUGUUUGGAAUAGUGAGCAUUUGAAAGUAUGAACUCAAUAUGAAUGGGUAUGCAUGAAGUUUAAUAUUUAAAGUCAAGUGUGUGUAUAUAUAUAUAUAUAUAUAAUAUAUGCAAGUCAUUGUAGCUACUUUUUGACCAACACAAUAAAGUGGUAUAUUUGUACUUUGCAUUGGUUAAUUUAUUUAAAAUGUUUGUAUGUAUGCAUGUUUGGGUACUUUUAUUACUUCUCUUUUAUUGGGCUGACAUUAAUAUGGGUUCAGUUUGAAAUCAAAUUAUGUAUUUUCCAAAUUCUUUGUAAAAAAAAAAAUUAACAGGAACAACCUAUAAUGUCAGGGAAAGUUGGAGGUUGCUUGGUGCAUUCAACGUGUCUUGGAAACCAAACCAGCCAAAGUGUUAAUAGAUUGUUUAUACCUGCAACUUUUAUUAUAUUCAAUGAACUUGGGAGUCAAAUUAAAAACUAAACCAAUGCAUGCUUGGCAACCUACAACUGUCACAGUUGGAAUAUUUACUUCAUAAGGUGCUCUUAUUGUUUUAAUGACUGGGAACUCAGGAAAUCUGAUCUACAGUUACAAAGAUAUCACACCUCAGAAUGGUCCACUGUUCACUUUCCAACACGGCUGUUAUGUAUAAAAACAUGGGAAAUGUUGCAGGUAUAAACUGUUUAUUAUGUGGGCUUUUUCUUAUUAAACCACUGUGGACACAAA